GUUAAACAAUAUGGCAGAAAAAAUAGAAAUUGAUACGUCAAUAUUAAAUGGAAGAACAGAGGAAGAAGAUAUUGUAACACCUUGGAAUGUUGCAACUAGAAACGAAACUGGAAUUGACUAUGAUAAACUAAUUAAAAGAUUUGGAAGUUCGAAAAUUGAUGAAGAACUAUUGGCCAGAUUUGAGAAAAUCACAGGACAAGAACCACAUCAUUUUCUUAGAAGAGGAAUAUUUUUCUCUCAUCGAGAUAUGAAUAUUAUUUUAAAUCUUUAUGAACAAGGAAAACCUUUUUACCUUUAUACUGGUAGAGGACCUAGUUCAGAUUCUAUGCAUUUGGGACAUCUCAUACCAUUUAUGUUUUGCAAAUGGUUACAAGAUGUAUUUCAUGUUCCAUUAGUUAUACAACUAACUGAUGAUGAAAAAGCAAUAUGGAAAAAUAUAAAAAUAGAAGAUGCAAUUAAAUUGGCUUAUAAUAAUGCAAAAGAUAUUAUUGCUCUUGGAUUUAAAUCAGAGAAUACGUUUAUCUUUUCUAAUUUAGAGCAUAUUGGAAAUAACCCAGCAUUUUAUCAAAAUAUGAUCAGAGUACAAAGGAGUGUUACAUUUAAUCAAGUGAAGGGUAUUUUCGGAUUUGGAGAUAGUGAUCCUAUUGGAAAAAUUUCAUUUCCACCUACUCAAGCUGUUCCAGCAAUUUCUGGAACUUUUCCUUUUAUCUUUAAGGGUGCGAAAGUUCAUUGUUUAAUACCCUGUGCUAUAGAUCAAGAUCCAUAUUUUAGAAUGACAAGAGAUGUCACGCCAAAAAUUGGCUAUCCAAAACCAGCUCUAUUACAUUCUAUAUUUUUUCCUGCUUUACAAGGCUCCAAAACAAAAAUGUCUGCUAGUGAUAAUAACACUGCAAUAUUUUUAACGGACACUGCUAAACAAAUAAAAAACAAAAUUAACAAACAUGCAUUCUCAGGAGGACAAGCCACUAUUGAAGAACAUAGACGAUUAGGAGGCAAUUGUGAUAUUGAUAUAGCAUAUCAGUAA